CGUGCGGUUCGCUGUCCGAUCUCCCUACGUCGCUCGCUCAGUAAUACAGGCCGGAUCCGGCGGUGUUUCGACGUCCCGCGCACAAAGUUAUAUUUAAUUUUCGAGUUUCCUGAAUGAACAAAUAUGUAUCGCGCCAAGUAAACGUACAAGAAGCGAGAAAAAAGCGGGGAAAAUCAAGCAAAUCAAUCCGCGGGCGGCCAUUUUUGGUUGGCACUGCUUCAGUGCUGUCGUUGCAGCUUUGCCCAAUUUGUCCAAGUCACGCAGGACGGCGAAAGUUUUCACGAAAAGUAAUUUGCAACACGUGUGUUCGCACGGUGCGUAUGAGCAAUAUUCGACAGCAAGCUGUGUUAGUGCCCAGUGUGAUCGCGAGUAAGUGUGUGUGCGUGAGUGAGCGCAUGGCUUCGAUUUGAAGAGUUUGCAAAAAUGCACAUCAAGGAAAAAUCGCACGGCCAGAAUCACCGCCUUCUUGGCCACCUCUAACGUUGCGGAUAUAGCACAAUUUGAAUCAGAGAGCAAAUCAACAAAUCAGCACAUACCCAAACAAAAAACUAACAAACUCGGAUACGUAUCAACAAUAAAUAAUCAAAAUACAGCGCUCAAAACACCAAAGAAUUAAGCAACUACUAGUUUAGGUUACAAAAUUCACUAGAUCGACCCCGUCUGUAUCAUAUAGCGGUGUCCUUGAAAUCAAUCUCACUCUCCAUCCGGGCAUCCUAUUUCCGCACAAAAUGUUACAGCAUCCCGCCACAGAUUUCUACGAUUUGGCGGCGGCCAAUGCGGCUGCCGUUCUCACCGCCCGUCACACGCCUCCUUACAGUCCCACGGGUCUCAGCGGAUCGGUGGUCCUGCACAACAACAACAACAACACCAGCAGCAACAACAACAACAACAGCAGCAGCCAUGACAUAAUGGCGCACAACGGCGGCGGAGCAGGCGGUGGCCUCCACCUGAACAGCGGCAGCGGUAGCGGAGGCGGAGUGGUCAGUGGUGGAGGCUCCGGCGGUAGGGAGAAUCUGCCCAGCUUCGGCUUCACCCAGGAGCAGGUGGCGUGCGUCUGCGAGGUUCUGCAGCAGGCGGGCAACAUCGAAAGACUGGGCCGCUUCCUCUGGUCGCUGCCACAAUGUGAUAAGCUACAGCUGAACGAGUCCGUGCUGAAGGCCAAGGCGGUCGUCGCAUUCCACCGGGGACAGUACAAGGAGCUGUACCGCCUGCUCGAGCAUCACCACUUCUCGGCCCAGAAUCACGCCAAGCUCCAGGCCCUGUGGUUGAAAGCGCAUUAUGUGGAAGCCGAAAAACUGCGCGGAAGACCCUUGGGUGCUGUUGGCAAAUAUCGUGUUCGCCGUAAAUUUCCAUUGCCCCGCACCAUCUGGGAUGGCGAGGAGACGAGCUACUGUUUUAAGGAAAAAUCCCGCUCGGUACUAAGGGACUGGUACUCGCACAAUCCUUAUCCAUCGCCUCGGGAGAAACGCGAUCUGGCCGAGGCCACAGGACUGACCACCACGCAGGUUUCCAAUUGGUUCAAGAACCGACGACAAAGAGAUCGAGCUGCCGAACAUAAAGACGGCUCCACGGACAAGCAGCACCUCGACUCCUCCAGCGACUCCGAGAUGGAGGGCAGCAUGUUACCCAGCCAGAGUGCGCAGCAGCAACAGCAGCAGCACUCGCCCGGCAACAGCAGCGGCAACAACAACGGCCUGCAUCAGCAUCAGCAGCAGCUGCAGCACGUCGCCGCCGACCAGAGCCUGCAGCACCAUCCUCACCAGCCACAUCCCGCCAGCAACAUCGCCAGUGUCGCCACCAAGAGCAGCAGCGGGGGCGGCGGUGGCAGCGGAGGGGGCGUGAGUGCGGCGGCCGCUGCCCAGAUGCAAAUGCCCCCUCUGACCGCUGCCGUGGCCUAUUCGCACCUGCACAGCGUGAUGGGAGCCAUGCCCAUGACCGCCAUGUACGACAUGGGGGAGUACCAGCACUUAUGAUUCUAGUUGGAGGCGGCCGCUGC